GUGAUUGGCUAGGCCCAUGACGACGUCCGACGCUGCGGUGCCCCGGGGUGCGGCCUCGGGAUUGUUGCUCCGCAAAGGUCGGGGCGCGGGGCGCGGGGCGGCGACGCCGCUCACACUCAUGAGGAGCAGGAAGCUCGCAGGUGGAGUGCGAUCUUCAGCACGCCUGAGAGCCCGAAGUUGCUCCGCAGACAUUGUGGCCCCUGUCCAGGACGUCGCUGGCUCCACAUCCCCCAAGACAGCAUGCCUGACUUCGUCACACAAGGCCCCAGACAGGCGAACCUCAAAGAAGUUCAAGUCUGACAAAGGUCACCUUGUGAAGGCAGAAUUACAGAAACUAGUCUCCAAAGGCAACAGUGCUGCUUUGCCAGAAGUGGUGCCCAGGGCCCCGUGUAAAGACAGCUCUGCAGAAGGCAGCGCGUUGCUCCCGGGCAGUGACUCCACUGCCCCUGCACGCCAGGAGGCUGCAGCUCUUCCCCACAGUGGCUGCCGAUGUGCGAACGAUACUGUCCCUGCUAAGACUGAAGACAGCCAGUCCCCGCCAGAGCCCUGCACCAGUGCAGCGGCAGAGGAGGCAGACAGGAGCCCCAGGGGGCUACACGAAGCAGCAUUAGCCACAGGGGAGAUGCAGAUGCCCCUGCCUCAGAUGGACAACAGCGUCUUUCUGGACGAUGACAGCAAUCAGCCCCUGCCGGUGAGCCGGUUCUUCGGGAACGUGGAGCUCAUGCAGGACCUGCCACCGGCCUCUUCAUCAUGUCCUUCAAUGAACAGACGGGAAUUCAGGAAGAUGCAUUUCAGAGCCAAAGACGAUGAGGACGACGAAGAUGCAGAAAUGUAGAAAAUAACACAGAGGGAUUCUUUUGCAUAUUUACACAGUUAACAAUUUGAGAUUUACAUAAAAUGCAUCUCCAAGAGAAUGUGUCCUUAAUGGAACUUUAAAAGUGAUCCGUGGAAAUGAACAGCACAAGAUGCCAGACACCUGGGAGCUUUCCUUGCAGGACCACAAGCUGCCGCCGCCCUCGCCAGUGGGCCAGGCUCUGGCUGGGUGUCGAGGGCCAUGCUGGUAAGGAAAGCUCCUGGCUGGAGCGCAUUAGAUAAAAUGCAAGCUUGCUGUGCAUUAUCAAAAGCUGAUGAAUCUUGAGAUUAAUUCAGCGGCAGUCUCUGAAGGCCUGUCCUGUAUGUCUGAAUGUGAAACUGCUUACCUUGGAAACUGCCAAAUACAUGUGAGAGGGGAAUAAAAUAUGUAUUUUAAAAAUAUUUAAAGAAGUGUACCUAACACUAUUCCUUCCUCAAAUGCUUUAGAGCCUGGGGAGGAAACGAGUCCUGUCCUUGGCUGGGACUACCUUUCGGGCCCGUGAACCAGCAGGAAAGGCGAGGCCUUGGGACAGUCUUGGCCCUUCCUUCCUCCUGGGUACUUCUUCCUCGCUUGCUUGCUCGCUCGCUCAGCCAGCCAAGGAAGGGAGCGCUGUCUUCGCUCUGCACCCCAGCUCACCCCUCCUGGCAGGGGAGCGCCAGGCUCCUGGCCCCAGCCAUGCCCAGGGGAGGGGAAUCCUGGGUCCCCAGGUGAGCAGUGAGGGACUUGUCCUGAGAGGGCAGGAGCCUCUAGCUUGGUGACCACAGCCGACUGUGACCUAAGCUGUCUGCCCUCGAGGCACAGGAAGUGUUUCACGUAACACAAACCAGGAGCAAAACGCACCUGGAGUGCCCUGUAAGAAAUUUUUCAGUUCAAAACAUGCCCCACUCCCCACACAAGUAAUUUUCAUGCAGUCAUUCCAGUUUCCAUGGUGAUCAUUUUUCCAUUAGCCGUGACCUUCACCUACCCAGAAUAAUUUUGUGAUUUAUUGAUUGAUGAACUAGAAUUUAAAAGUGUUGCUUGUAAAGUCAUUUUCUGAUAGCCAGGGAAAAUAAAGUACAACCUUCAAUUGCUA